AUGGCUAGUUACUCACCACCUUUAGCCGCCCCGAAGAGGCGCUGCAUACAAGAACAGGCGAAGGCAAAACAACCUACCAGCGAAGCCACGAGUCCAAGCAAUCGCAAAGAAGCAGCAGCUGAGGAGAGAUCCGAUCAACAGACGGACGCUCAACUGCAAGCGCGACACCCAACAAAGCAGCAGGCAAGUCGACAACGAUUCCCUCAUUGUAAACUAUUUAACAUGGUAAAGGAUUUCUCGAGUUCGACCGAAGCUCCAUCCCGAGUCGUAGAAGCAAAGAAGCGCAGUUGGGACCCUGAGAGUCACACAUCGAGCGAAAGACCAAGGAAGCGUCUACAGUCCCAAAUAUCUCCAAAUACAAAGCAGGCCGGGGACAAUCGGCAUCGUGAAGACGAGGUUCCAAACCCUCGCGAUUCACUUGAGGCAUCAACCAAACGAUCGCGAUCAUCUUCAGCUGCUACACAGAAGACAAUCAAAGAGGCUCGGCUUGAGUUCUGGAGAGAUAAAGGCACUUGGCCAACAGAGGAACAAGAAGCAACGAUGCGUCGACUUCAAGAUAUUGUUGAUCAGGCGCGCCCGAUAAAACGGUCGUUGAGUCGUAAACGCUCCAAUGCCAGUCUGAAUUCGGAAACCACCCAGACGCAGACUUCAAGCAGCCAACUAAACCGAGAGCAGAAGAGCGCUCCGUACAAGCAUCCUAUGUUCGUGGAACAAAUGAGGGUUUGCGGCAGUUUCCUGUCUGAGCAUACUGAAGGCAUUACUACUGAAAGCAAAAGGCUUUGCCAAAUGCUCCUCAACGGGACGCAGUCGCUUCCUGAAGGUACCCUGUUUUCGGACGAUUAUCUGUUCGACAAGACAUGCAAAAGAAUGAACGGCGAAAAUGAAGCCCGGGUGGUUCGCGAUAUUGCACUCCUCAUUGUUCCGUCAGCCGAGAUUCUGGCCGAUCGAGGAGCUAAACAUCUGGAAGUCCUCCGAGAGACUGUCAACGCGUGUUGGCUCAACUCUGCCACUUUCUUGAAACCUCCAGGCUCGCGUCCUGGUCCCCGUCCUCAGCCAGAUUAUGGUCUUGGAUUCAGGAGCGAUGCCUUUAGCAUUGAACAGUAUAUGAAGCUGCUGCCUUUCCUCGGCAACCUAGUGACUGAUUCUGGCCUGAUUGCGGCCACGUUUAAUAUGUAUCUUCCGUUCUUCUCUGCCGAAGUCAAAAGUGGCGCAGCUGAUCUUGACGUUGCCGAUCGGCAAAAUGCUCACACUCAAACUGUCUGCUUACGCGGCUUAUACACUCUCUUCCGCUUGGUCGGCCGCGAGAAGGAACUUCAUCGAGAAGUCAAUGGCUUCUCGAUAUCUCACAACUAUGAACUUGUGAGGAUCUGGGGCCAUUACGCUGUCAUCGAUGGCGACAAUGUCAAGUAUUACCGCCAUAAAAUACACACCUUCAGUAUAGGCUCGGAUGGGAAUGCGAGGUGGACGGCAUACACCUUUGUUCGGAACCUCUACGAUUUGUGGCUUCCGAAGCAUUUUGAGAGAAUCUGCGAGGUCAUCGAUGCGCUACCAGCAGACGUGAACUUUGACGUCUCCGAACAAGGUUCGGAUCCGGCCUCGACCCGCUCGGGAGUACCGCAAUCGCUUGAAAGCCAUGGCGGCCCCGAAGAAGAGGAGGAAGCUGUACCUGAUACUGGUGCUGCUGGUAGCCAGGCAAUCACGCCCGGCACAACGAUCGAGACUGACUCUGCCCAGUCCAAGAAGGCGAAGACGUCUUCUUGA